CGAGGGGGGGCCCUGCUGGUAUAAAAGAAGCCUAUGCUUCUUCAACCUUCACACUUAACUUCCUUCUCCUUCAGUGAUCACUGACUUAACUUUAAGUCUCAGUUGUGUCUGUAAGAGCAGAAGCUAAGAUGACUUUCUACGAUGACAUUUACCCAUUCUACACUGUACAAAGGACUCCGUUUAUCUUCAGCAGCCGCUUGCUCACCAUUAUUCUGGUCUUCCUUGUGUUAGCGGUCAGUCUUCUUCUCAUUCUACCCGGGAUACGAGGGAAGUCGCGGCUCUUCUGGACAUUUAGAAUAGUUACCAGCUUGUUCAUUGGUGCCGUGAUAGUGGCACUCAACUUCACUAACGACUGGGCCGAGGCCAGAAUGACCACAAAAGCCACCUAUAAGUCUUUCAGCAACGCGGUGGUUAACGCGGAGAUUGGCUUGCAUGUCGGACUGUAUGGCAUUAACGUUACGCUGAAAGGGAAUCCUGUCGUACAGUUUAAUGAGACCAUUGACUACAAUGAGAUGUUCACCUGGCAUGACACUAUUGAAGAAUAUGAGGAAGCUCUGGAGAAAGGUUUACCCAACCCCAUUCUGUAUAUCGCUGAAAAAUUCACCCCGAGCAGCCCGUGUGGUCUCAUCUUUCAGUACAGAUACUCUGGACGAUACGCUUCUGCAACACUCUGGACAGCAUUUUGCUGCUGGAUGCUCGCCAACAUCCUUUUCUCCAUGCCAGUAAUCCGGUACGCUGGGUACAUGGUGGUUGCCACUGCUGCAUUCAUCUUCUUCUCCAUGAUCUCCUUCACCACCAUCAUGAAUGUGCCUCAGUGUGUUUUCUACAUAGGAACUGACUCCUUUGAAACAGAAUACAGCCAUUCGUUUUGGCUGGCCCUGGCUACAGGCAUCCUGUGCACCCUCAUUGGGCUUCUUGUGGUGAUGCUUGACUUUUUGGUCCCUGAGAAGAUGAAAGAGGCUUUCAGUGUCGGUGUCGACGGCUGUGAAGACGAGGAUGAUUCAUACAGUGAGGGCUACCUGAAUUCAUUUUUCCUCGAUGGAGUGACAAUUUCACCAGUGAAUUUAAAAGUUACAGAAGUAAGUACAUUCAUGAGGGUGGUUCGUACAGUUUUUGAGAAGAUUAGUAAUCAACAAAUUAUCAUUCUGCUGCCUGUUAAUAUCUCAAUCAUUUGUUUAAAGCAGCAACAGUUCUUAUCUUUAAUAUAAGUAAAUUCUACUGUGGGACAAGACCGAAUAGUGUAUUAGAAAGGCAUUCCCAUAGUUAGUUUAUACGGCCGCCAUAGUCACCUUUAUAUCCAUGAUAAAGACGUCGUUCAGCUAACUUUGAUCGUUUUCUUUCUGUGUUACAGGAACAUUUAUGAAGCUGUGCAGAUUCCCUCUCAGGGAGAUUUCAUUGUUCAUACUUGAAAAUGUUUUUUGUUGAAUGUGUUACAGUUAAAGUCUCGACUUUCACGUGUUAGUUAUCUGUGUGAGCCUGUAAAUAAUAAUGUCUUGAAAUUGAGUCCACUGUAAAUAGUCACAUUUGUAAAGGUCACUCUCAUGUUGUAGUAGCUGUAAAUAAACAUAACUUCGUAUGGGAUCCAUACAAUGUGUAUAUAGUGUGUGAAUGUGUGUGUGAAUGGGUGGAUGACUGGAUAUGUAAAGCGCUUUGGGGUCCUUAGGGACUAGUAAAGCGCUAUAUAAAUACAGGCCAUUUUACAGGCCAUUUACCAUAUAGUGUGAUGGGUGUGGAUGGUAGAGCUCUCGUUGUUUUGCUUGUUUGGUAAUGAAACAUGAGACAACACAGAUACAUAUUGAUUGUACACAGAGUAUACACUUUAAGAAUCCGCUCUUUUAAAGGAAAUGCACAUUUGGUUUUAUUUACAUUAAACUGAUCAGAAAGUUGGUCAAAGACAUUAUUAAUAAAAUUAAGCCUACUCGAUCCAAGAAAUUGCUUAAAAACUGAAGAUGUAAUACGACAGCACGCGCUACUCCCUCCAGAGACCAGUGCAAUCUGGCUCUCACCAGAACAGAAAACAUUAGAGUCUCUAGUUUCAGAAACACAACUCCUAAGCUGGCAGCAUUAUUGAAUACCUGCAAGAGCCAGAUGGCACAAAUUUACGACGGGACUGGUGAACACAUUUCUGAACAUUUAAUGAUAUACUAAGCAAAAACAAAUGUGCUUUUUAUUUCUAAAAGGAGAUUUCUAAGCGACCCCACACUAGUGAGAAGCAGCGAGAGCCCGAAUGUUGGAACAUGUGGUUUCCUUGCAUCAGAUUCAUGCACACACAGUGCUCUGAUAGGUUGAAUUGAUUCUCUUGUAAUCCUGUUAAAUAUGGUUUUUUUCUGUCCUGUAAUUUUUUAAGAGCUGAAUAAAAUGAAAACAAACAAGUGCUC